ACGGUAAAGAGUCGAAGAUUUUUGGAAGUAAAACAGAUUAUAAGGUCAAUUGUGGUCCUAUAGGUUAUAAUAACGAUUUCAAAUUAGUAGGAAUUCAAAUGGCUGUAUCAAAUUCUAAUCUUUAUGUCGGUCAUAUUUCUUUUACAUUUGAGCAUAUGU